GCAUCGUUGAAAUUGGAGGUUUUUACAUGAUUUCAUUAAGUUCAAAAUUUUUCUUGGUUGUCCUUUACAAUAUUUAAAUCUAGAGAAGAAACAAUGGGUUUGAAGAACUUCCCCUCGUGGGCAUUAACGAAAAUCUUUGGUCUUGAAAGUGAACCUAGGCGAGUGCUCUCUUCUCAUAGCAAUUGCUCUGAUGAAGAACAAAGGUUAUUAACAGAAGAAGACCAUUCAUAUUUUGAUGGUCAAAGUUACGUGGAACCAAAUAUUCCUUCUUUAUAUGGUUCCAUGGUGCCUGUUCCUCAACAAAUCCAACAACACCAUGUUCACCCUUGGGGACAAAUGUUGGAUGAUCAUGCUCAUGGAUUGGCUACCGUGCGACAUGAAUUUGCGGAAUUGUUGCGAUUGGGUUCGCCAACUGUCAUAGCCUAUCUACUUCAAUCCUCAGAACAAUUUUCCACAGUUUUUAGCUUAGGCCAUUUAGGAAAAGAAUACUUGGCGGCAUCUUCUCUUUCGACAAUGACAGCUGCCAUCACAGCCUUUUCCAUCUUCCAAGGAAUCAUUUCUUCUCUAGACACUCUUGCUACACAAGCCUUUGGAGCAAACAAACCGUACAACGUUGCUACUUACUUUCAGCGCUGUUGCUUUAUCCUUCUUCUUUUACAUAUUCCCAUUGCUCUCAUCUGGUUAAACCUCGAACACAUCCUUGUUUUUCUUCGUCAAGAUCCUAAGGUCGCGUAUCUAUGUGGCCGUUAUAUGAAAGUGUUCAUCUUUGCCGCUCCCGCAUAUGCAUCAUUUGAAGCUAUGAAGCGCUAUCUUCAAUCGCAAGGCAUUUUUAAGCCUAUUACUUGUGUCCUCUGUUUUGCUGCCCCUUUGAAUGUUUUACUUAACUACCUAUUGGUAUGGCAUCCAAAAAUUGGCUUUGGGUUUCUAGGUGCUCCUACCGCCGUUGCAAUCACUUUCUGGUUUCAAAGUAUUUGUCUUUUGUCUUACGCUCGAUUCUCGUCUUCCGUCAUACCUUGGACCCACUUUUCCAUGCGUGCUGUACAAAAUUUAAGACCUAUGUUAACACUUUCUUUUUAUGGCAUGUUGAUGAUUGUGACCGAAUGGGCUGCUUAUGAAAUGACCAGUUUAGGUGCCGGUUAUUUGGGAACAGCUUCAUUGGCCUCGCAAUCCGUCCUUCUCACCACCACCUCUUUGGCGUUUCAAAUCCCUUUUGCUUUUGCCGUUGCCUCUUCUACUCGUGUCGGUCAUCUUGUCGGUUCCGGCAGACCGAAUUUGGCUCGUAUAUGUAGUCGAGUAGCUACUUGCCUUGCUGUCAUAAUUUCUAUGACUGACGGUCUUUUACUAUUUUGCUUCCGUAAUUAUUGGGGCCGUUUCUUCACUUCUGAUCAACAGGUGCUCAAUAUAGUUCGAGAUAUAUUCGCAAUCUUGUGUAUCUUUAUCGUUUUCGAUGCUCUCAACGCUGUCGGGGGCGGUUUACUUCGGGGUAUUGGCAAGCAAAGUAUUGGUGGUGCCAUCAGCAUCAUUGUCAACUACUUCUUUGCCCUUCCCAUCACUGUUAUUUUUGUCGUUGUCUUACAGUUAGGUUUAAAAGGUAUUUGGAUGGGUAUGAUUGUUGCCGUUACAACUGGUAUCACUUGUCAAUAUACCGUUCUUGGACAUAUUAAUUGGCAAAAGAUUCUUCAAGAGGCCCAUUAUAGAAUGGCUCACGUAUAAAUGCUUUUCCAAAAUUGGUCUACAGUCCUUUAUCUUACUUCCACAGCUGAACUUUCUUUAUAAAUUCCCAAUGUAUCUUGGAUUUCUGCUUUCACCCUUCUCUUUAUUCGAUAAUUAGAAUACUUUUUUCUCCGAUUACCUUUCUCUCCGUUAAUUAGUUCCUGGCCCGCACCAUCUGUAUACAGUUAUAUUCGCCUGUAAGUUUGGAGCCUUGAAUAUCAGUAUUUGGUGCGACAAAUUCAUUUGCUCCGUUUCUCUUAAUAUUCUGACUAGACGGGCGAUCAUGCUGUACUUUCUGUAAGGCAUUCUAUUUUACAAAUAGAUUUGUAACUUAUUAGAGUACUAUAUAGAGCGCUGUUCUUUUAGUUCGGCAUAAUAAAUAUCAAUAAAAAAAGAAAAAAGAAAAAUAAAAUUAUCUUGAAAUCGCUUUGAUUUUGAUUUUAAAUAAUAUUCUUAAGUUUGUCUGGAAACGCUGACGCUUUUUCUUCAUGAUCAUUACUAUG